AGUGUUUCAGGAAGUUAAAAAGUGGAGAUAAUUUGGCUUUUUUUCUAGCAACCAACAGGUUUUUUUUUAUUUUUUAUUAACGUUUAGUUAAACGCAGACAUGGCUGUGGACUGGUUUGGUUAUGGUUAUGCGGCUCUAAUAACGAUAGGAGGUUUUGUUGGUUACGCUAAAGCAGGUAGUGUUCUCUCUCUGGUUGCUGGGCUGAUGUUUGGCAUUGCAGCAUUCGUUGGUGCUUAUCAGAUGUCAAAGAAUGACAAAGAUAUCUGGGUUUCACUGGGCACCUCUGGAUCACUGACCACUCUAAUGGGAGUGAGAUUUUUGAGUUCUUGGAAGAUUAUGCCAGCUGGACUCAUGGCAGGGGCGAGUUUGUUGAUGUUCCUGAGGAUUGGUGUGAAAGUGCUACAGAAUUCGCAAAAGAAGAAAAGAUGACAGCGUUCAGAAACUGUACUUGCAGAUCCUGAGGAGAUACUGAAAUAGUUUCAUUAGAAAUGUUAUACGAGAUUUCAAUGUUCAAAAAUUCAAUUUGGGGUCAUAUGGAAGUGCCUUCAUAACUGAAGAUGAACAAAUGAAAGCAUAUAAAUUAUAAUGUAUUGCCUUUUUUGAGUUUCAAAUGUGUUCAUUUAUGUGCAUUUACUCAUUACAGAUCAUGUUCAUGUUCUUCUCCAUCUUGGGUAAUUCAUAAUUCCUCAGAAUUAUUUCGUAAUAACAGGUACAGAUCUAUAAAAGUUUUAUAACCAAAGACAUUAUUAAUACAGCAUAUUGUGAGUCACAGACUGAGAUGUAUUUAAUUCGACCUAUAGAGGGCCUCAAAAUCUUUUAAUAAAACCAGCAUUUUUAGACCGCACAAAUGGCUGUUUUUUAAAGCAUAUAAAGAUGUAUCAUAUUUGGCCAGAUUUUAUUAAAACAUAUUUUCACCAAACAAAACAAGAGUGUAACCACCGUCAAAACUGU